CCUAGAACCGAGUACCUAAGCUCCUUGGAAGAAACCAUCGAAUAGACGUUUGGCUCGUGAGACAAGUCACAUGUAGGACUAUUUAUAUGUCCUGCUUGGAGCUUUUGAUAAGAAAUACCUUCUUUUUAAUUCUUGACUAAUUGAACUACUGGGUAUCAUCCUUUCUCCUUCCGCUGUAAUCCACGAUUCUACGAUAAAUUAGGUACAUAGCACUUAUAUCCAUUCCCAUCAUGGCCAAAGCCGCAACACUUCCCGUCAUCGACAUCUCAGCCCAAGGCGCGGACCAAGCCCAAGUUGCCAAGGAGCUGGUGGAUGCCGCAAUUGACUAUGGCUUCGUCUAUAUUAAGUGUCAAGAUAUCUCAGCUGAGCAAAUAGAUAAUGCUUUCAACGUGUCGCGCAUCUUAUUCGAUUCGCCUCUUGAGGACAAGCAGAGAUGCAAGAUCGAGAAAAAUAACCAGGGGUGGUCCGGCAUGCAUACCGAGACCUUGGACCCCAAAACUCAAAGAGUAGGAGACUUUAAAGAGGGCUUCAACUUCGGCCCCUUUGCAAACAGCAAGGCCACACAACCCAUCCCGCGGAGCAUCGAGCCGCACCAAGCAGAGCUCGCCGCUUUCCGGGCUGCGUGUCACGAGCUGUGCCGGAAGCUGCUCCUACUCUUCGGCAUCGGACUAGGAGUUAAUCCCCCGGAGUUCUUCUCCGCCGCGCACAAUCCCGUCCUGUCGUCGGGCUCUAUCCUGCGGUUCUUAUACUACCCACCGCCCAGCAGAACACCCGAGGCUCACCCCGACGACGUGCGCGCCGGUGCGCACUCGGACUACGGGUCUAUCACCCUUCUGUUCAGACUGCGCGGCCAAGCCGGUCUCGAGAUCCUCGAGCCUCGCACCGGUCGCUGGGCCCCUGUCCCCGUCGAUCCGCCUAGUAGUAGCGAGGACGAGGGCGCCGCCGCGCCACCGCCUAUUCUCGUCAAUAUCGGCGAUCUGCUCUCGUAUUGGACUAACGGGCUGCUUCGGAGUACUGUCCACCGCGUCGCCUUCCCUUCAGCACCCGAGGCCCUAGCGGCCGGCGAGUCUACCGCCGACCCGCGGUACUCAGUUGUCUACUUCUGCCACCCGGCCAAUGACACGCUGCUGACGCCCGUUCCGAGCGAGCGCGUCAAGGCAGCCAGCGAAAACGAGAAUGAUACUGCCCGGAACCAGGGCUUAAACAGUGCUAGUAAGAAAGUUCUAACGGCGAACGAACACUUACAGAUGCGACUACAGGCAACGUAUUUGCAGAUGUACGGCAAGGAUGGAGGGAAAAAGUGACGAGGAAAGUAAGUGAAUAGUGCCGGAGGAGAGCCUAGGCGAGUUACUAUCUACGUAAAGAGCAUCUAUGCAUGGGGCAAGGUUUUAAAGACCUAGUUUCCGUCUCUCCCGGUUCGGAGUCGCGUUUCCCCGUAGCCUUAGAGAUCAAGAGUGGUCAGAAGGCUAUCAUCAGCGUCUCGAUCUGGCAGCAAGACAUUGCUUGGGUACUAUACGACUUAUAUUUUGAGCUACUCCCGAGAUAGCAGGGUGGUUUAUGAAUAAGUUAGCUACCUAGCUACCCAGUCUUCUACGCGAAUAUCAUGCCUCCGCUACCUACAUAUAUCUACGACUUAUUUUCUCUCCUGCCGAGUAAUCAUUUCUGUCCGUAGACAACCUAAUAUGUACCUACCCAAAGUAAUCCAUACAUGCUACGCCCAAGAACAAACCCCUUCCAAGCACGUACGCCCCUUCUUCCCAAUUAUACGGCAAUCGGAUAAUAUACUCGCAUUCGACGUACCCUCCUAGCCCCUCCUAUCCAGGCCUACAGGGCCCUACUCAUCCGUCCAUCCAUCCAUAAUACCU